AUGGAUGAUCGCACUCCGGACGUUCCAGAAACCUCAGGAUCUCCUGGAGAAGAACCUCCUCAAGCACCGUCUUCGGCGUCAUCAUCAACACCAUCUCCCAGAUUUGAUGCGACAGGUGUUAUUUCAGAUGAAGAGGAUAUCAAAAUUACAGAUCUCUCCAAAGCUCCCCCCCCCUCUACCACCAGCACGGCUACGAAAUCUCGCAAACGCGCUCCUUGUGUACAACGCAAGCCAGGGUCCGGCAAAGCGGUUGACCUCCUUGCCAAAACACCCAACAACCUAUCAGACCAUCCAGACCCCGGGAAUUCCAAAGAUCUUGCUCCAAAACUUCUGACCCCACCACCUCAACAGGCGACUCAUCUGCAUCUGGCGUGGCAGAGCAGCUAG